UCUUUCUUGCCAUAAGUGUGAAUAGUGAUUGACAAACGGCACAUACGCUGAGAGCUUGAGCGUCUUCCAGGGCAAGGUCCUAAUCUUUUUGGAAAUGGGGACCAAGGGCUUUGUGACCUGAGAGAACAAAAUGUUGAUGAGCCAUGCCACUGCACAAUGUUUAAUUCUGCUAUUAGUUGCAUAUUGCGAUAGACAAAGAACAACACUCAGAGCAUGAGCAUCUUCCAGGACAAGGUCCCAAUGUUUUUGGAAAUUUUCUUCUACAGCAGAGAUUGGCCAGUGUCAGUGUCCACAAAACAGUAGCAGUUGUGUGUGUGCUAAGAGAGGAGAGGGGAAGAACAGGACCAUGUCAUGGGGGAGUUAAACAUUUUCCUCCCUGUACCAUUCACAGCCUGACAGAGUUUUCCCUCAAACAGCUAUUUCUGUGGCAACUUCCCUCCCACGGGGUUAGUAGCUCUUUUUUGGUGGUGGUAAAAGAUGUUUUGUAGGCACACAACAUUUACCUUCACCCAGUGCUUUUUUCCUGGGGGGCGGGGUUACACAGGGGUUACAGCAUACCCCUAAACAUUCUGUGACUCUUUGUACUUUUGUCCAUUUACUGUAUUUUUUUUUCCUGAUUUGCACUAUAAAAUGGUGAUUUUCUUGAGUCAAAAUGAGAGUACCCCUAAACAUUUUUAAAGGAAAAAAACAGGUAUUGCCUUUACCAUGGAAAGGAAGGGUUAAGCUUCCCCUUUCCCUCAUGCCGAGGUCCUGAUCAGGCUCUCACCGCCACGACACAGCUAUUUUUAAGAGAAGAGAAAAAAGAAAAAACCAGGGACAUUGUUAACCUAUUGCCCAUUUUGGCCUGAGAUCUCCUCAGGGCUGGUAGGGUAGCAUUUUAAGAGAAUGAAAAGAACGCAUAGAGCGGCAAAUUCUGACUCUACUGAAUUAAGGAGAUGCCCCUAAACAGAGAGCACUUGCUCUCCUGGUGCAUUUUCAUUUUAACUGAAAAUAUUUAUACCUCAGCAAAACAAAACAAAACAAAAAAACCUGAGGCAGCUCACAACACAUGAAUACACAAUAAUACCAAAAGAAACAAUAUGGCAGCAGAUGAAGACAGCUGGGAAUGGCAGCAACAUACACGCUGACGUUUCCCUGAUGAAAAUAGGGAUAUACUAUUCAAUAACAAUACCCUGGCCUGGACAGUCCGCCACUGUGGCUAGGCCUCGGCCUUCUCGCAGCCUAUUCUCGUGGCCCACUCAGCCUCGCCGCGGCCACCAGAAGUGGUACACACCUGCUUCAUUCAGGACAGCUGAGUGGCGUGACUUCUGUGUCUUACCUCAGAUCCCUUCGAUCGGCUCCCCUCCUUGGGAUCCCGGCUCAAGGAAGUUUAGGCCUUUAAAUCUCCCACCCUCAGGUGAGGGAUGCGCCAUCCUUCACACAUGCAGCGGCAGAGGCCUCGGCCCAUAGCUAGUCAGCCAGAUACAGGCCUGGUCCAAGAUGUUUUGGCACCUGAGGCAACCACCAAAUGGUGCUGUCCCCCUGCCAGGGGAGAAGCAGGAAGCAAAGCUCUACCAUCAGGAACAAGGCGGCAGGGGGCGGGGAAGAAAUAUCUACGUAUAAUGUAUUCCUUGGAGGUCAGAUCUGCAGCCCCUGUGGCCCCUGCUGCCUGAGGCAGUCGCUUCACCUUGCUUCAUCCUGCCCCUAUAAUCCCUAUGGGAACAAACAAGAAAGAAAGACAUGCAUUCCCAUAAUAUACACCAGCAAAUACACAAGCAGCUCAGGACUACACUUCCAUUCCUGUACACUGUACAUCAUUGUAGACACUGGAAACUGACACCAGUUUGUCACAAAUGACCUAAACAUUACAGAUGUGUCCCUAACCACGUGCUUUUUAAACAUCCUGAAGAAAAACAAUCGCCCACAUUAAGCACCUAAGUUAAACUCAAUAUAAAUUGCUUUCAUCAGCAGACUAGAUAACAUAAUGCAAAGACUAGUUAACAUAAUGCAAAUACAAGUCCAACUCAAGUCUUGCACGCAAGCAAUACCAGCCAAAGUUACAAUUAUCAGUGGUAUCAGGAUCCUCUUUCUUCACCUUGCUAUAUGUUCAGCUGCCUUUAUAUGUUGCAUCACCAAGAAUAUAAAAUCACUCGUUGCUCUUCUUCAGGGCUAUAGAUCUCCACAUUUGUUCUGCUUUCAUCUGGCACCAUCAUGGAGCUGUUCGAGUGGACCCUGUUUUUACUAAUCGUCUUGCUAACUGGGGUCCUUUUCUUUUCCCAAAGGAGUGCCACCUGCAAUGUCUACUGCAAGAUGGUGUUUUUCUAUGGCUCGAUUACACUAAUGACUACUCUGUCCCCUUUGCUGUUAUUCGUGGGACGGAGAGUGGAAAACAUGGCGUGAGUAGACAGCCUUGGCUCUAUCUGCAACUUUUGGGGAUGGUCACAUCUCUGGGAGCAAAGAUUAUUUGCUUUGUGAUGCGGCAAAUGAAAUAUUUCCUUGGUGUCAAGAUCACAGCUCAAGGCUCCGAGAAUCUGAAUACCAAGGGGCCGUAUAUGGUUGUAGCCAACCAUCAAUCCAUUCUCGAUUUUCUGGUGAUAGCGGAGCUAUAUCCUGGCCGCUGUGUGGUACUUACCAAAAAGGAGAUGAUGUACAUGGGCCCCCUGGGCUUCACCCUGUGGAUUACCAAAUUCAUUUUUGUCGACCGCAAUAAUAAGCGCUCAGCCAGAGACACCAUGGAUCACAUCGCACGGACCCUGCUGCAGCACAACCUGAGGGUCUGGGUUUACCCAGAAGGCACCAGGAACCGGACGGCUACCAUGCUUCCUUUCAAGCGAGGAGUCUUCAGUGUGGCUGUGAAGGCUCAGAUCCCCAUAAUCCCUGUUGUGACCUCCUAUUAUCAACAACCCCCCAACCUCAAAGAUGGCCAGAGGCCUUUUUGGUGUAGAGAUAAGUGGACCAUCCAGAUUUUGCCCAAGAUAGAAACACGAGGCCUUGGGACAGAAGAUGUUCCUGCACUUGCUGACAGCACACGGAAACUGAUGCUGGAUACUUUCAAUGAGAUCAGUGGGCAUAUAGUUUUAGGGAAAGAUACCAGAGAUUGAGUGCCUCCUUAUCAUGGAAGCCUGGGGGGACCCACCAACCAGGAAGCUAGACAAGAACUUUGCUUCAGUCCAACAAGAAGAGGACAGAGGAAAUGCCUCACUCCACCCAGACAAAACUAAGACCAGGGCCACCUAGUGGCUCAGCUAUAUGAUGACAUGAUCCAGGCAUCUCUCCAGCCCACACCUCUUUCAUUUAAAGGAACAAUUCUAUAUAAUAGCACUAUUGAAACGUCCGAUAGUUCUGCUAUUCAGUCACUCAUCUCCGAAUCUUUAGAGCUGUUCCUGAUGAUAUGAAUAGUAAGAUUGCUGUCAGUUUUACAAGGAUCAGACAGGACCUCAGAGGAUAAGCAUGGUUUUUCAGGCACCAUUUGAGCAUUUGGUGAUUGUACUGUCUAAGGGAACAUUUCAGUUUCUGCAUUUGAUCUCAACAGAAGAUGACCUGAGUGUUUCAUUUUCUCCUUGUACUGUUGUUGGAAUUGGCCCUGUCUACUCCAGCAAGUUUGAGAUAAACACUUUCUGCUAGCUCUAAAUGUGGUAGUUCUCACACUGAAGUGUGCUGCUUAUAGAAACAUAACCUUCCUUAGCCUGGCCAUUGGCAGGUGCUACAUUGGGCUGAGAUUCCUAGAGUUGGAAAGGUUGCUCUGAUUUGUCGCCCAGCAAUUCUGCAAUUAGUUGCCCUGUAACUUCAAAGAGCAAGAUGUGGGGUCCUUCUCUCUCCAGAUUGUUAUUUCAAAGCCCUAACAAAAGGACUCUACCGUCUUUAUUUAUGGACUUGACCUGAAUGCAGAGGCCCCUGUUCCCUUUAUAGAGCUACAGUGGUUUAGCAAAUCAACUCUAUUUUGCAGGGAACUCUGGGAGGGGAGGAGGCCCCAAAUACCUGAAAGACAGCAUACAGAUCGUCCUGAGUGUUGUGUGAUAGAGGGGGCCCACUUGGCAUUUCCACACACACCCAUCCUCAGAAUUGCGUUAAUUCCCUCCCCAAAGAGGUGAAUCUGGCUUCUUCAUUAUAUAGGUUUCAGACAGUGCUGAAGACAUGCCUCUUUACCUUGGCCUUUGACACCAGAAACGUUUCUUUUCCACGCACACACUAUUCCAGGGACGGCAAUUGGUUUUUUAUUACCAGCAGGCCCCAGGUCAGGUUAUAGCUAAGGGCAUGUAAACAAAUAUAUAUGAUAAUAAUGGGUCACGGGUUCCCCAUGCCUGCUUUAAAGCCCUAAACAGCUUUAUCCAUUAAGGAUCACCUACGCCCAACAUGCCUGGGAUCUUGUGCCACACCUUUGUAAUCGGGAAUAUGAACAAAGGGGAGAGGUGUGUUUGUCUUUGAUGCCAUACAAGGAAACCCUAC